GGUGCAGGAUGUGGUAGCGCGAGAGGUGGUGCCGCACUCAGCUCGCGCGGUGUACGUUGCGAACGCGAGACGUGGCGCGAGCAGAGACGUCCGGCAGCUGGAAGACUCGAGCGAGUUAAAGUUCGUUGGAAGGGCGGAUAAUCACGGGCCCGCGGCUCCAUACAAGGCAAGGUCGGGUGGGGAGCACUUUAGGGACUUGCGCUGAUCCAAUCAUCUGCGCCCCGGAACCGAGCUGCGCGACGCCUUUUGUUUUCUUGUCAAGACUUUUACACGUUUGGGAUGUUUCUAUAGAAACUCUCUCUGACUUUUUUGUCUUUUGUUUUUAGUUUGUUUUUGUUUUUUUUGGUUUUGGAUAUGAGUGCGUCGGUCAACGGAGUAAACCCCAAACCCGGACCAGCGGUCAGUCCGAACGGACCGAGCUCGGUUUCGAAACCCGGAGAUGUCGGUCAACUCGAGCCGGUGGUCCCGGACGAGGAGCCACAGACUUCUGUGGCGGACGCCACGCAGAUGGGAAUUAAAUUCGCCAAGACAUUCCUGCUUAUCUUCCCCAUUUACGUCCUGGGGUAUCUAGAGUUCAGCUUCAGUUGGGUUUUGAUCGGCCUGGCGGCCUUGUUCUGGCUCAAACGGAACCGGGGAGGAGAAAGAUUCGCUCGGGUGAACCAGGCGCUGGCGUUUCUGGAGCAAGAGGAGCGGACGGUGCGUCAGAGCGUCCAGACCUCGGAGCUGCCGCCGUGGGUUCACUUUCCAGAUGUGGAGAGAGUGGAGUGGCUCAACAAGACAGUACAGCAGAUGUGGCCGUAUAUUUGUCAGUUUGUAGAGAAACUCUUUAAAGAGACCAUUGAACCAGCAGUACAGGGGGCUCAUGCACAGCUCAGUACAUUCACCUUCUCCAAAAUAGACAUGGGGGACAAGCCCCUCAGAAUUGAUGGAGUAAAAGUUUAUACAGAAAAUGUAGAUAGACGACAGAUUAUUAUGGACCUACAGAUCAGUUUUGUCGGGAACACAGAAAUCGAUGUGGACAUAAAGAAAUAUUACUGCCGUGCAGGAAUCAAGAGUAUACAGCUUAAUGGGGUGUUGAGGGUCAUCAUGGACCCGUUGCUAGGAGACAUGCCUCUGGUUGGAGCACUGUCUGUUUUCUUCCUCAAGAAACCGUUUCUGGAUAUUAACUGGACGGGUCUUACAAACAUGCUGGACAUCCCAGGAAUAAAUGGUCUGAGUGACGGGAUUAUUCAGGAUAUCAUCUACAGCUACCUGGUGUUGCCAAACAAAAUCAAUAUUCCACUUUUAGGUGAAGCAGAAAUUGCCAAUCGCCGCUUCCCAAUGCCCAAGGCUGUUCUCCGGAUCCACUUUCUCGAGGCACAGGACCUGAUAGGGAAGGACAAAUUCCUGGGCGGUUUAAUAAAAGGAAAGUCAGACCCAUACGGCAUCAUUCAGCUGGGUAGCCAGCUCUUUAAAUCCAAAGUCAUCAAGGAGUCGGUAAACCCGAAAUGGAACGCUGUAUAUGAGGCAUUUGUGUAUGAUCACCAAGAUCAGAAUCUGGAGAUUGAGCUGUUUGAUGAGGACCCUGAUAAAGAUGAUUUUCUGGGAAGCAUUAAAAUCAACGUAGAUGAGAUAGAGAAAGAGGGAAAAGUAGAUCAGUGGUUUGAUCUCAAUGAUGUCGCUACAGGAAAGCUUCAUCUGAAACUACAAUGGCUUUCUCUUCUCUCUACGCCUGAUAGAAUUGACGAGGUUUUGAGCAGCAUUAAAGCAGAUAAAGGACAGGCCAAUGAUGGACUGUCAUCAGCUUUAUUGCUGGUGCACCUGGAUUCAGCCAAAAACCUGCCGCGCAAUCCUUUAGAAUUCAACAAUGCAGGUUCGAAGAAGGAUAAAGCCAGUAAAGGGAUAAAGUCUGGUAAGAAAGUUAUCAGUGAGCCCUGUCCCUUAGUCCAGUUUACUGUGGGACACAAAUCCUAUGAAAGCAAGAUACGAUAUAAAACAACUGAGCCGGUGUGGGAGGAAGCCUUCAUAUUCCUUAUCCACAAUCCAAAGACUCAGGAUCUUGAAGUUGAGGUAAAAGAUGAGAAACGAGAUUGUUCAAUGGGGACAAUCACUUAUUCUUUAUCUAAACUAAUGCUGGAAAAUCAAAUGACAGUCAAUGAGAGAUUCUUACUUAAGAACUCAGGACCCGGUGCUACACUGAAGAUGAAGAUGGCGCUUAGGGUUUUUUGUUCUGAGACACUGACUGUACCAAAUCCAUCACCAUCAGUUCAAUCAUCAACAGCUCAGGUCCGUCGCCCGAGCACCAGCGUCGGCACCAUCUCCACCCCUCACCAACCCGCUGUUGCAAACCCCGCUCCAACACCCACAUCUCAGCCCAUCCCAACCUCAAAAACCCAGCCACCAACCCCGAGAACCCAGCCUCCCACACCGACACCCUCACGGAGGGAACAGCAAACGGACUUGUUGGAGGACUCACCCUUCCGUCUUACCAAAUCAGGGCGGAGCGCGUCCAGCCUGGCCAUUUCUGGCUCGCAGCUACAGCUUAACAGCAAAGAGCCGACACCCAGCAUAGCGUCUGAUAUCUCCAACCCCAGCGCCACUCUGGAACUCCAGAGAACAAUACAACAGUUACAGAAUGGAUCCACGCCUGGUUUUGCUCCAUUGGGUGAGAUUCAACUAACCAUCAGGCACAGUUCUCAGAGAAACAAACUGAUUGUCGUGGUACACGCCUGCAGGAAUCUGAUAUCUUCUAGUCAAAGUGGUUCGGAACCAUACGUCCGGUUGUACUUGCUGCCUGAUAAACGACGCUCCGGACGCAGAAAAACAAACACACUAAAGAAAACUGUAAACCCCAUCUACGAUCAAACGUUUGAAUUCAGUGUGUCACUUGUGGAAUUACUCAGAAGAACUCUAGAUGUGGCUGUUAAGAACGGAGGAGGAAUCCUGUCCAAAAACAGAGGGCUGCUGGGAAAGGUAUUAGUUGACUUGAACUCUGAGGACAUAUCAAAGAGUUUCACACAAUGGUAUGAGCUUACAGUGGAUGGACAAAGGCGCUCAUCCCCUUAAUCACAGGAAACAUCUUCCUCCAGCCUACAUACAUUAAAAAAUGCAAAUGCAUAUGCAAGAUUCCACACGUCAGAUAUUUAAGCCAUGUGUUUUAGCCUCGGGACACAAUUUGUAUUUGUUGGGUCUUGUUUUUAUCACUUUUAACAAAUUUAUAGUGCAAAGUAAAUUAAAAAAACUUUAUUAUUGUUAUGUGCACUAAGCAAGAGUGAGAGAGAGAAUGACAGAGAGAAUGAGAGACAUAGUUUUAAAGAGUGUGUUUUGUAAAGUAAAAAACAAGGGACGAAGCUCAGUGGCACCUGUAGAAUUAGUUGUUUACACAUUAAAGACUUAUAAACCAAGAUAAGAUCCACCACAUGUUUAUGGUGGCAAGUUUCUCUCUCUCUGUAAAAAAUAUACAUGUAUAUACAGUAUAAUGGAGCUUAGACUGUAAAUACUUUAAAUAUUAAAAAGGAAACGUAGUAUUCUGAAAGGUUUUAUGAAUAUUAAUCUUAAGAGUUCCUGUCAAAAAGCACUGAACUCAUGUUUCUUUGAAUGAAGAGUGUUAAACUGUCAUUUCUUGUCAUGUCUACAUUAUGCUACCUUUAGGAGACUAAUCUACCAAAGAAAUGCUUGGCUCUUUAUAAAGCGUGAGUGUGUGAUUGAAACCAAAUAUACACAAAUGUAUUCACACCCUAGUUUUGGUAUAUGUAUUAUGCAUGUAAUUCUCUGGUGUGGUUAAACAUCCUCUAUCACAGAACUAGUUGUCAUUGUGCAGACACUCAUGGACCGUUACAGCUUCACAUUACACUGGACAACUGGUGUGAAAUUCAAUGCUGUCGUAUCUCUAAAUCUUGUUUUGCUUUCGCCAUAGCACUUGGUCACAUGUUCACUCCUUUUACAAAAUCACACCUGCUCACUUGACACACACUACCACAACAGCCUGUCCUUCAAUCAUCUUAGUCUCAGCAUCAUGUUUUGUGUAUGGUUUGAUCUGAAAUGAAGGUUACGGUUUAGUUUUUUGCAGUUCCACUGAGCUGAGCUUCGUGUGCGGACGAUUAAACCUCAAACUGUUCUGAUUUUGUUUCAGGCAGCAAGAAUGUGUUUUUUAUUAUAUAAAUUAUUGUGUAUAAUAUUACAGAUUUUAUUAUGCUUAUGAAUACCUUUAAAGCAAAAGUAUGCAAUCCGAGUUUUCCUCAGAGCUCAGCUUGCCUUAUUGAUGUAUAUAUGUUUCAUGUGCCUUACGACCAACAAUAUUAUCUGAGAGGAAAUUUGACUCAGAUUGGCUCUGUAUCUGGUUAUGUUGUUUUUUCUUUGCAAUAAUAAAAAAAUUCUCUGUACCAGUA